AAUAACAAGGCGUUGCAGCGGUGGCGUUGCAGUAGGGCUGGUUUACUUUCUGGCUUAAUGAUCUGUCUAAUUUACACAGAAUAAGUAACCUGAAGAUUUCCAGAAAAUCUCCUCUGUUAACCUCUAAGAAGAGCAUCGUUCGACUGCCAUGGGGUCGUUGUUCCGCAGUGAGGAGGUGUGUCUGGUCCAGCUUUUCCUCCAGUCAGGGUCUGCCUACAAUUGCGUCAGUGAGCUGGGAGAGCUAGGAUUGGUCGAAUUCAGAGACUUGAACCCCAGUGUAAAUGCCUUCCAGAGAAAGUUUGUCUCGGAGGUGAGGAGAUGUGAAGAAAUGGAGAAAACCUUCACAUUUCUGGAGCAGGAGAUUGUGCAGUCCCUCUCUCCACCACUGAGCGGCACUCUGCCACUUCCUAGCCCACUGCCUGCAGCUCCUCAACCCAGGGAGCUCCUCGUGAUUGAGGAGGAGAGCGAGAGACUGGCCAGAGAACUCAGAGAGGUGUCUAGGAACAGAGACAGUCUGUGGAACCAGUUGACCCAGCUUAGCCAGUACAAAGGAGUUCUUGUCCAAACCCACUUGUUCACAGCCACACAGGGCCCAGCUCUUAAUCUGGAGACCACAGCUUUGUUGGAUAACAGACAAGACAUUAGACUGAGUUUUGUCGCUGGCGUGGUCCAUCCAUGGAAAGUCCCGGCCUUCGAGCGCCUGCUGUGGAGGGCCUGCCGGGGUUACAUCAUUGUAGAUUUCUGGGGGAUGGAGGAGAAGCUGGAGGUGGCAGACACUGGAGAGAUGGUGCAGUGGACAGUGUUUCUGAUCUCUUUCUGGGGCGAGCAGAUUGGCCAGAAAGUAAAGAAGAUCUGUGACUGUUUCCACACAAACACCUUUGCUUACCCGGAGAGUUCAGAGGAGAGAGACGAGAUACUUCAGGGGCUGCAGGGGAGGAUCUUUGACAUUAGAACUGUGCUAUCUCAGACAGAGAGCUACAUGCAGCAGUUGCUGGCCCGCUGUGUGUGUGCACUGCCACAAUGGAGGGUGCAGGUGCAGAAGUGUAAGGCAGUGCAGACAGUCCUGAACCUCUGCAGCCCUUCAGUCACUGACAAGUGUUUGAUCGCUGAGGCCUGGUGCCCUGUCAGCAAGCUGCUGCUGCUGCAGAGCGCCCUGAUAGAAGGCACGAGGAAGAGUGGGAGCAGUGUGGACUCAUUUUACAACCGCCUGCCUGCCCCCACCUCUCCCCCGACGCUCUUCAAUACCAAUGCCUUCACUGCUGGCUUUCAGAGCAUUGUGGAUGCUUAUGGUGUGGCAAGCUACAGAGAAGUGAACCCAGCGGUGUAUACCAUAGUCACGUUUCCAUUCCUCUUUGCGGUGAUGUUCGGAGACGUCGGUCACGGUUUUCUCAUGACGCUGGCAGCUCUCUGGAUGUUGCUGGAGGAGAGAGAUCCCAAAAUGAAGAACAGCACCAAUGAGAUGUGGCGAAUGAUUUUUGGAGGGCGCUACCUGAUUCUGCUGAUGGGGCUGUUCUCCAUCUAUACCGGCGCAGUCUAUAACGAGUGCUUCAGCAAAGGCCUCAGUCUGUUCCCCUCUGGCUGGCACCUCAGACCUAUGAUACAACACUACAACUGGAGUGAUGACACCCUUAGGGAAAACCAGUACCUUGCUUUGGACCCAAACGUCACUGGAGUGUUCCAGGGCCCUUACCCCUUUGGCAUUGACCCGAUCUGGAGACUGGCAAAUAACCACCUGACCUUCCUCAAUUCAUACAAGAUGAAGAUGUCGGUCGUCAUUGGGGUCAUUCACAUGACUUUUGGAGUUUGCCUGUCUUUUUUCAACUACACACACUUUGGUGACAUGGCCGGUGUGCUCCUGGUGCUGAUUCCUGAGCUGGUGUUCAUGCUCUGUCUGUUUGGCUACCUGGUUUUCAUGGUUGUAUUUAAGUGGAUUGCUUUUGGACCGCAGGACUCCAGCUCUGCUCCCAGCCUCCUCAUCCACUUCAUAGACAUGUUCCUAUUCACUCAGAACCCAGACAACCCGCCCCUCUACGCAGGACAGAGGAUAGUGCAGCAGGUGCUGGUGGUUCUAGCCUUGUGUGCUGUUCCUGUCCUGUUACUGGGAAAACCAAUUCAUCUCUACCUCAAACACACAAGGAACAGGACCAUGGAAGAGCGGCGCCCCCCACUGACUGACACUAGCUCAAUCAACGCCCAGCAAGGAGACCUGGAGAGAGGAAAUGGGGCUGAUAACAAGGAGUUUGACAUUACUGAGGCCUUUAUGCAUCAGGCUAUUCACACCAUAGAGUACUGCCUGGGCUGCAUCUCUAACACUGCUUCUUACCUCCGGCUGUGGGCUCUUAGCCUCGCACAUGCACAGCUUUCCGAGGUGCUGUGGGUGAUGGUGAUGCGGAUCUCGCUCUCAUGGCAAGGUUACGUAGGAUCAGUCAUCCUGGCGGUCAUCUUCUCUUUCUUUGCUACACUUACGGUGUCUAUCCUGCUCGUCAUGGAAGGGCUGUCGGCUUUCCUACACGCCCUGCGUCUGCACUGGGUGGAAUUCCAGAACAAGUUCUACAGCGGAACAGGAUAUAAACUGAAUCCUUUUUCAUUUGCAUCAAAUGUGCAUCUCCUGUAAACAAACAAAUUAACAUAGUAGUGUCAAACUAACUGCACUAAGUUUUUUACAUUUUUUUUUAGAGCUGACAUUUUAUCUUGUAUCCCAUUUAUGUAUAUAGCCCAGCGUAUAAAGCUUUGUUUUGCUUUUAAGAAAAUAAAAGCUUGCAGUGGCUUUGAAUGAGAGAACUACAUUAACCAAGUGACCAUAUCCUCUGCAUCAGGCCAGUGAUGCACGUCAUGUACAAACUGAAGGUCAAUAAAAGGUUCUUUCCAACUUCA